UCCACAGCUGCGGGGCCCCAACAGAAAACACCCUUUCACCUUUAGUGACAAGAUGUUUCAUCCUGUUCCUUCGGAGGACAACAUGGAAAGAGGCGGAAUGGAUGCGACUCCGUACCCCGGCCCCCCAAUGAACCCUAAUGUUGGGUUCAACCAGCCUGUGGGCCCGGCAGUAGUGAUGCUGCAACAACCACAACAACCACUACCUACUGUUCUCCAAGGACGGAUGGUUUGUCCUCAUUGCCAGAACAGUGUUGUGACUGAUCUCGAGCACAAAAUCGGAUUUAACAACUGGAUUUCUUGUUUUGUAUUAGGAGCAUCUGUAAUGUGCUUGCCUUUCUGUUGGAUCCCCUUCUGUGUCAAAUCAUGUAAGGAUGUGGAGCACUCCUGCCCCAGGUGUCACAAAGUCAUACAUAUCCACAAAAUGCAAACGUGGCAGCCGCAGCAAUACUCUUGGUAACGCCACUCUAGUUAUUUCACCCAGGGAACUAUUAAAGACAAUUUAAACACCUAAAUUGCACAUGAGUUAACAUAUAUACACUUGAGGUCAAAAUUAUUAGCCUCCCAGGAAUUCUGGAACAUUUUCCUUAAA